UUUGAAAUAAAAUAAUUGGAUGAUAAUUCUCUUACUAUGGCUAUUCUUCUGAAUAGCUUUAGGCUGUGAAGAUGGCUUUUAUGAUAGCGGAGGGGGCUGACUUCCUUGUGAAAGCUCCUGUAAGACAUGUAGUCAGGAUGGAGAGUGUACAGAGUGUGAUGAUUAUAUGUUUAUGGAUGAUAUGACAGGGAUGUGUGACCAUUGACCUGAUGGAGAGUUCUAUGAUUUUUCUCGAACACAAUGAAACAAUUGAGAUAACUCAUGCAGCGGGUAUUGAGAGUACCAAGAAAGCUGAUUUACAUGUAGCCCAACAGAAGUUCUCAAUCUUGAGACCAUGACCUGAGUGCCUAGCUGUCCAGUUGGUACGAUCCAAAUCUCGGAUCCUGUACAAUAUAAACUUAGCUCGUUUUGAAGAAGUAUGGAUUAUUAUGUAGACCCCACAAGUGAAGAAAUAAUGGAGCUAGGCACGAAAGCUUAUCCAUACAGAACUAUAUCUCCUGUUUUUGCUGAAAUUUUAAAGCAACACUCUCAUAAAGAUAGGAAAGUUAGUAUUUUUAUCAAAGAAGGGGCAAAUGUCUUCAUUCAAGACUCAACUGCUUUCUUCAUAAAUGUUACACAAGUGUCUGUUUCGACUUACAAUCAAAAUUCUAUUUCUCAAGGCAUGGCUACCAUCACAACGACAGAUGCUAUAGUUGAAGGUUUGAGCAAGAAAGCAGCUUUCCAUUUAAUGAAGGAUCUUACCCUAGACAUUGGAUCUGUGGUUUCUGCAGGAAAUUUUUCAGAUGCUGAGGUGGGAUCCAUUGGAAGAGGAGGAGACACAUUUCAAUGAGUCAGAACUUCACUUGAAAUGUCAAAAAUAGUUGCAAGGAGAAUCGCAAAAACGACAACAAGCGGUGUGCUUAUAUAUCUCUUGUAUCUUCAACGAAAGGAAAUUAAGAUAAGUAAGUUGACUCGGAGUUAUUAA